UGGAACCCGGUACGGAAGAUGGCAGCUACUCGACCACCCGGCGCGUGAGGAGGCCGAGGGGCGCGCCACCCCUUCCUGGGGCGGCCGCCCCUUCCCCUCGGGUCUCGCCAUCCCUGCCCGGCCCCUUACGGUCGUGGCCCGGGAUGCGGAAUCCGGGGGCCGCCGGUGGAGCUGCGCGGGGUGGGAGGCGCGGGGAGGAGUGGCUGCCCGCUGCCCUCGCCCUCGGCCCCCACCGGCGGGCACGGCGAGAUUCCAGACGCUGGGGUGGGCCGGGCCCUCUUAGCGCCCUGACAUCUGGGGGUGGGAACAGGUGAACCUGCGGCUCGCCCCCCUCCCCACCCCCCCACCGCCCGGCUGGGACCGCCGAAUCCGAGGGGACAGCCCUGCCCUGAAACAGGGCGGGCUUUGCCUGCUCCCCCAGAGGGCCUCCCCCCUCUCGCCAUGGCCCCCAGGAGCGCCCGUGGACCCUCAGGGACCGCCUCCCACCCUGGCCGCCCGGGCCCGCCCUCAGCAUCCCGCGGGCACCCGGUGUGAAGCGGCCUCCUGCAGCCCCUCCCCCGCCCAUGGAGGAGGAGGAGGAGGAGGGGGCGGCCGCCAAGGAGUGGGGUUCGACCCCCGCGGGGCCCGUCUGGACCGCCGUGUUCGACUACGAGGCGGUGGGCGACGAGGAGCUGACGCUGCGGAGGGGCGAUCGCGUGCAGGUGCUUUCCCAAGACUGUGCGGUGUCUGGCGAUGAAGGCUGGUGGACCGGCCAGCUGCCCAGCGGCCGCGUGGGCGUCUUCCCCAGCAACUAUGUGGCCCCCGCCACACCUGCGGCGCCCGCGGGUCUGCAGCUGCCCCAGGAGAUCCCCUUCCAUGAGCUGCAGUUGGAGGAGAUCAUUGGCGUCGGGGGCUUUGGCAAAGUCUAUCGUGCCCUGUGGCAAGGCGAGGAGGUAGCCGUCAAGGCCGCCCGGCUGGACCCCGAGCGGGACCCGGCAGUGACAGCGGAGCAAGUGCGCCAGGAGGCCCGGCUUUUUGGUGCCCUGCAGCAUCCCAAUAUCAUUGCCCUGAGGGGUGCCUGCCUCAGCCCCCCAAAUCUCUGCCUGGUGAUGGAAUAUGCCAGGGGAGGUGCACUCAGCAGGGUGCUGGCAGGACGUCGGGUGCCCCCUCACGUACUGGUCAACUGGGCCGUGCAGGUGGCCCGGGGCAUGAACUAUCUUCACAAUGAUGCCCCUGUGCCCAUCAUCCACCGGGACCUCAAGUCCAUCAACAUCCUGAUCCUGGAGGCCAUUGAGAACCACAACCUCGCAGACACGGUGCUCAAGAUCACGGAUUUUGGCCUCGCCCGAGAGUGGCACAAGACCACGAAAAUGAGUGCCGCCGGGACCUACGCCUGGAUGGCACCCGAGGUCAUCCGCCUUUCCCUCUUCUCCAAAAGCAGCGAUGUCUGGAGCUUCGGGGUGCUGCUGUGGGAGUUGCUGACCGGUGAGGUCCCCUACCGAGAAAUCGAUGCCCUGGCUGUGGCAUACGGCGUGGCCAUGAACAAGCUGACCCUGCCCAUCCCUUCCACGUGCCCCGAGCCCUUUGCCCGCCUCCUGGAGGAAUGCUGGGACCCUGACCCACAUGGGCGGCCAGAUUUCGGCAGCAUCUUGAAGCGGCUGGAAGUGAUCGAGCAGUCAGCCCUGUUCCAGAUGCCACUCGAGUCCUUCCACUCGCUGCAGGAAGACUGGAAGCUGGAGAUUCAGCACAUGUUCGAUGACCUUCGGACCAAGGAGAAGGAGCUCCGCAGCCGGGAGGAGGAGCUGCUGCGGGCUGCACAGGAGCAGCGCUUCCAGGAGGAACAGCUGCGGAGGCGCGAGCAGGAGCUGGCCGAGCGCGAGAUGGACAUCGUGGAGCGGGAGCUGCACCUGCUCAUGUGCCAGCUGAGCCAGGAGAAGCCCAGGGUCCGCAAGCGGAGGGGCAACUUCAAGCGCAGCCGGCUGCUCAAGCUGCGGGAAGGCGGCAGCCACAUCAGCCUGCCCUCCGGGUUUGAGCAUAAGAUCACAGUGCAGGCCUCACCAACCCUGGACAAACGGAAAGGCUCAGAUGGGAACAGCCCCCCUGCCAGCCCCAGCAUCAUCCCCCGCCUGCGCGCCAUUCGCUUGACUCCUGUGGACUGUGGUGGCGGCGGCAGUGGAACCUGGGGUCGCAGUGGGCCCCCCAAGAAGGAAGAACUGGUCGGGGGCAAGAAGAAGGGCCGGACAUGGGGGCCCAGUUCCACCCUGCAGAAGGAGCGGGCUGGAGGAGAGGAGAGGCUCAAGGCCCUGGGGGAAGGAAGCAAACAGUGGUCAUCAAGUGCCCCCAACCUAGGCAAAUCCCCCAAGCACACCCCUAUCGCCCCUGGCUUCGCCAGCCUCAACGAGAUGGAGGAGUUCGCAGAGGCCGAAGGAGGCAACAGCGUGCCACCCUCCCCCUACACCCCCACGGCGUCCUCGCUGGCGGUGCCGCCCCCCGAGCCCGCCCCGUCCCCGUCCCCCGGGGCGCCCACGGCCCGGGCCCACGGCGCGCGGCGACGCUGCGACCUGGCGCUGCUGGGCUGCGCCGCGCUGCUGGGCGCCGUGGGCCUGGGCGCAGACCUGGCCGAGGCGCGCGCGGCCGCCGAUGGCGAGGAGCAGCGGCGCUGGCUGGACGGCCUCUUCCCCCGCGCGGCCGGCCGCUUCCCCAGGGGCCUCAGCCCCCCCGGGCGCCCCCCGGGCCACCGCCACGACGAGGACGCCACCCCCGGCCCCGGCCUGGCGCCCUCCGCCACCCUGGUGUCGCUGUCCUCCGUGUCCGACUGCAACUCCACGCGCUCCCUGCUGCGCUCGGACAGCGACGAGGCAGCGCCUGCCGCGCCCUCCCCACCGCCCUCCCCGCCCGCGCCCGCCUGCAACCCCCUGCUGGACCUGGAGCUCGAGAGCUUCAAGAAGGACCCACGCCAGUCGCUCACGCCCACCCACGUCACCGUCACACGCCCGGUGAGCCGCGGGCACCGGCGGACGCCGUCGGAUGGAGCGCUGGGCCACUGCGCGGCCGGCCCUCGAGACCCCCUGGACUUCCCCCGCCUGCCCGACCCCCAGACCCUGUUCCCCACCCGACGCCGGCCCCCCGAGUUCCCUGGCCGUCCUACCACUCUGACUUUUGCCCCGAGACCCCGGCCAGCUGCCAGCCGCCCCCGCCUGGACCCCUGGAAACUGGUCUCUUUUGGCCGGACACUUGGUAUCUCGCCUCCUAGCAGGCCAGACACUCCAGAGAGCCCUGGGCCCCCCAACAUGCAGCCCACGCUGCUGGACAUGGACAUGGAGGGGCAGAGCCAGGACAGCACCGUGCCCCUGUGCGGGGCCUAUGGCUCCCACUGAGGCCUGCCCGCCACCGCCCGCCCGGGCAGCCAUGAAUGUAGCGCCCCAGGCCCCGCGGCAGCCUGUCGCACCCUGGCGGGGAGAGGCCUGGGCAGGAUACUCACUAUUUAUUGGGGAAGGGAGGAGGGGGGAGACACUUAAUUUAUUCCUUCGUACCCCGGGGGGGUGGAGCCCUGAGCCCACCCUGCCGUAGGGGGCGGGUCGGCAGGGAUUCUCAGGGACGGCAUCAUGGGGGAUUUGGCACAAAACACAGCAUUAAAGAUAACCCCUGCCCCCGA